GCGGAAGUGGGUCACGUUUAGGGAGUGUGGUGCACAGAUCUAUGCCUUGGUCCCAGAUUGCACUGCGAGGGUGUGGACCUGUUGCCUUUUUUGUGUAUGUUUUGUAUGUGCAGUCUUCAAUGGCGCUGGGACGAUUCAGGACUUCGAAGGAAGGUGUGCCGAAUGAAUUGAAGCGUUCGCUGUCUCUCGGUACCAUGCGCUGGAAACUACGGCUCAUCCUGCUCGGCUGUCUGAUCGUGCAAUGCCCGGCAGCCAUGGACGAGUGCUACGACGAGAAUGCCCGGUCUCAGCGCUGCAUGCCCGAGUUCGUCAACGCCGCUUUCAAUGUGACUGUGGUGGCCAGCAACACUUGCGGCUCCCCUCCUGAAGAAUAUUGCGUCCAGACCGGAGUAACGGGGGUUACCAAGUCCUGCCACAUCUGCGACUCCAGCAACCCCCGGCUUCAGCACGGCGCCGUCUACCUGACCGAUUAUAAUAACCAAGCCGAUACCACUUGGUGGCAAAGUCAGACGAUGCUCGCUGGGAUUCAGUACCCUAAUUCAAUUAGCUUGACUUUGCACUUGGGUAAAGCAUUUGAUAUUACAUACGUAAGACUGAAAUUCCACACAAGUCGACCUGAGAGCUUUGCUAUUUAUAAGCGUACAAGUGAAGAUGGACCUUGGGUACCUUACCAGUAUUACAGUGGAUCUUGUGAAAAAACCUAUCAUAAAAUGAAUCGCGGGUUUAUCCGAACAGGAGACGAUGAACAACAGGCACUGUGCACAGAUGAAUUUAGUGAUAUAUCCCCCCUCACUGGAGGAAAUGUAGCCUUUUCUACUCUGGAAGGGAGGCCUAGUGCUUACAACUUUGACAAUAGCCCUGUACUACAGGAAUGGGUGACAGCAACUGACAUCAAAGUGACCUUGAAUAGGUUGAACACCUUUGGGGACGAGGUUUUUAAUGACCCGAAGGUUCUGAAGUCCUACUAUUACGCUAUUUCAGACUUUGCAGUUGGUGGAAGAUGCAAGUGUCACGGUCAUGCCAGUGAAUGUAUAAAAAAUGAAUUCAGUAAGAUUGUCUGCAACUGCAAACACAACACAAUGGGAGUGGACUGUGAAACUUGCCAGCCAUUCUACAAUGACCGACCUUGGCGGAGAGCCACUGCAGAGAAUGCUAAUGAGUGUCUACCUUGUAAUUGUCAUGGCAAAUCUGCUGAAUGCUACUUUGACUCUGAGCUUUACCGAGCCACAGGACACGGUGGCCACUGCCGCAACUGUAUUGACAACACAGAUGGUCCCAACUGUGAGAGGUGCCGGGACAAUUUCUACCGCCAGGGUCCAGAAGCUCCAUGUUUACCUUGCAAUUGCAACCCAGUGGGUUCCAUUAGUACACAUUGUGAUAUCUAUGGUCGGUGUAGCUGUAAGCCAGGAGUGAUGGGAGAUAAAUGUGAUCAUUGCCAGCCUGGCUACCACUCACUAACUGAAGCAGGAUGCAGACCAUGUGCCUGUAAUCCUUCUGGUAGUACAGCGGAAUGCAGUGUUGAUACAGGACGUUGUGUAUGUAAAAAUAAUGUAGAAGGAUUCAACUGUGAGAGAUGCAAGCCAGGAUUUUUCAACCUGGACCCCCAGAAUGCCCAAGGUUGCACUGCCUGCUUCUGCUUUGGCCAUUCAUCUGUUUGUAGCAAAGCAGAGGGCUACAGAAUAGAGCGGAUCACAUCGAGCUUUGAUACAGGUGAUGAUGGAUGGCGGGCUGAACAUCGAGAUGGUGCUGCGGUUCAGCUACAAUGGUCUCCAGUGAAUCAUGAGAUCUCUGUGAUCUCUAAUGAUUAUUUCCCUGUUUACUACAUUGCUCCUGCAAAUAUUUUGGGUAAUCAGCUGAUGAGUUACGGUCAGAAUCUCUCUUUCACUUUCUACAUGGACAAGAGAGACACCCGUUUAUCUGCCGAGGAUAUCAUACUGGAAGGAGCAGGCCUGAGAGUGACAGUUCCGUUAAUCGCCCAGGGAAACCAGUAUCCCACAGAAAGUCGUCAGAACUAUGUAUUCAGACUUCAUGAAGUGACAAGUUAUCCCUGGAGGCCACAGCUUUCCUCUUUUGAAUUUCAAAGGCUCCUUCACAAUCUGACAGCUAUUAAGAUUCGUGGUACAUACAGUGAGAAUAGCUAUGGCUAUUUAGAUGAUGUAACUCUGAUUAGUGCUAGUCCUGGCUCUGGAAGCCCUGCUGACUGGGUGGAGCAAUGCACCUGCCCAACUGCAUAUCAGGGGCAGUUUUGUGAACAGUGUGCUUUUGGCUACAGGAGGGACGAUCCCAGUCGUGGAUCAUUCAGUCCCUGUGUGCCUUGCAGCUGUAAUGCACAUAGUGAUACCUGUGAUCCUGAAAACGGUGAAUGUUACUGCAGGGAUAACACAGCAGGACCAAAUUGUGAGCGGUGUAAAGAUGGAUACUAUGGUGAUCCUACAGUUGGUAGCACAAAUGAUUGUAAGCCAUGUCCUUGUCCAAGUGGUUCAAGCUGCGCUGCGGUACCUAAAACUGGGAAUAUAGUGUGCACCAACUGCCCUGAAGGGACAACUGGUAAAAGGUGUGAGCUUUGUGACGAUGGAUACUAUGGUGACCCAUUAGGAGAAGAAGGGCCUGUGAGGCCAUGCAAACCAUGCCACUGUAGCGAUAACAUCGAUCCAAAUGCUGUGGGGAACUGUAAUCGGCUGACGGGAGAGUGUCUGAAGUGCAUCUACAACACCGAUGGCUUCUACUGUGAUAAAUGUAAAGAUGGAUUUUAUGGAAAUGCAUUAAAUCCAAUUCCAUCAGAAAAAUGCAAAGCUUGUAACUGUUCUCCUUAUGGCACUGUGGGUCAGCAGAGGAACUGCAACCAGAUCACUGGUCUAUGCGAGUGCUUAACUCAUGUCACAGGCAGAGACUGUAGUCAGUGUGAACCAGGCUUCUAUAAUCUUCUUAGUGGCCAGGGCUGUCAAAGGUGUGAAUGUAAUCCCAUUGGUUCUAUUAACGGGCAGUGUGACACUCAAAAUGGACAGUGUGAGUGCCAGCCUGGUGUCGUUGGUCGGCAGUGUGACAGUUGCGAACCUUAUCAUUUUGGAUUUAGUCGGGAUGGAUGCAAACCCUGUGACUGUGACCGUGAAGGUUCUAGAUCACUACAAUGCAAGGAAGAUGGAAAAUGUGAUUGUAAGGAAGGGUUUGUAGGUACUCAUUGUGAUCAGUGUGAAGAAAACUAUUUCUACAAUCGCACAAGACCUGGCUGUCAGGAGUGCCCUGCCUGCUACAGACUGGUGAAAGAUAAGGUAAACGAACAUAGACAGAAACUUAAAGACUUGGAAGAUCUAAUUGCAAAUCUUGGGACGAGCCAGGACACAGUGAGUGAUAAGGCCUUUGAAGAGAGAUUGAAGGAAGCUGAAAGAGCCAUUAUGGACUUACUAAGGGAUGCUGAAAACAUGAGAGAUGUCGACAAAAGUCUUAUGGACCGCUUGGCCGAAAUUAAUAACACUCUAUCCACUCAGUGGGGGCGUCUGCAAAAUAUAAAGGAUACAGUAGAUCAUACUGAAGACUUGGCUGAGCGAUCCAAUAAUCGUAUACAGGAUGCAGAGAGAGUAAUUUCAAAUGCACGAAAGGAGCUUGAAAAGGCCAAGAAAACCAUAGCAAAUGUGUCAGCAACAAUGCCAGAUUCCAGUGCUGAUCCAAAUAAUAUGACACUCCUGGCAGAAGAAGCUCGUAAUCUUGCAGAAAGACACAAGAAUGAAGCGGAUGAAAUUGAACAGAUUGCCAAGGAUGCUAAUGACACCUCCACCAAAGCCUAUGAACUGCUGCGCAAAACACUUGCAGAAGAAAGUAAAAUCACCAAUACAAUUGAUGAUUUAAAUAAAAUGUAUGAUGCAGCUAAAAAUAUGUCCAGAGAGCUCGAAAAACAAGCUGCUAAAGUACACAAUGAGGCAGAAGAAGCUGGUAAAAAAGCUUUACAGAUCUAUGCUAAUCUGACAAGCUUGCCUAGAGUGGAUACCAAAGCCUUAGAGAAUGAAGCAGAAAAGAUCAUAAAUGAUGCAGCAGAUCUGGAUAGUGAAAUCGACCAAAAGCUGAAGGAUUAUAAUGAUAUGCGAGAUGACCUGAAAGCAAAGGAAAAUGAAGUGAAGAACCUCUUGGAAAAGGGAAAAACAGAACAGCAGACUGCUGACCAAUUGCUUGCCCGUGCAGAUGCUGCUAAAGCUUUGGCUGAAGAAGCUGCCAAGAAAGGAAAUGCCACCCUGCAGGAAGCUCAGGAUAUUCUCAGAAACCUGCAAGAUUUUGACAAGAGAGUGAAUGAUAAUAAAACAGCAGCUGAAGAAGCUUUGAAAAAAUACCCUAACAUCGGAAGGACUAUUGAUGAUGCUAAUGCAAAGACGAAACAGGCAGAGGAUGCAUUGGGAAUGCAAGAAUGGAUGCCUCUGAAGCCCCAAAAAAAGGCUGAAGAUGCAGAGCAUAUUGCAAAUGCCUUACAACAGAGUGCUGCUAAGACAAAACAAGAUGCAGAUGACACAUUUAAUGAUGCCAUGAAGUUGGAAGAUGAAGUGGGUAAAAUGAUGAGAGAUCUGAGAGACGCAGAAAGUGAACUUGCUGGGAAAAAGGCAGAAGCAGAUCAAGACAUGAUGAUGGCCGAUAUGGCUUCUCAAGCUGCAAAAGAAGCUGAUGAGCAAGCAAGAAAGGCCAAAAAAGCCGUGCAGGGUGUACUGAAUACCAUCAAUAAGCUGUUGUCAGAACUAGGUCAACUCGAUAAUGUUGAUGUUAAUCGGCUAAAAGAGAUUGAAAAAACUCUGAACGAUGCCAAGGAUCAGAUGAAAGACAGUGAUUUAGAAAGGAAGUUGGUAGAUCUAGAAAAGGCUGAAAAGGAACAAGCAAAUGCAAUUAUUACUUAUGAUCAAGAUAUUAAAGAUAUCCUGAAGGACAUUAAAAACCUAGAGGACAUCAAACAAACAUUACCUCCUGGCUGUUACAAUACCCAGUCUCUGGAGACCCCAUAGUCACCUUCUUCACCUCCACAUCCUACCCAAAAAGCUAAAGUGACAUUGUGCAGAAAUUGCCUUAUUACCAAAUCUUUUUCAAUGUCUGACACAACAUCAUUAAGUGUUCCAAGGCUCAUAACUGAAAUUCCUCAGGCAUCAAAUGCAGCUGCUUGGAUGAAGCACAAGAUUGUGGACACUGGGGUGGGUGAGAGUGACAUACCUAUAUGACAAGCUACUAGGAUCCUGAAAGAACUAAGUUUGUGUUACAAGGACAAUCUGAGAAAGCCACACUCCAUCUACCUGAUUUAAUCCCUCCACACCAUUAGCCUUGAAUUAUUAAGCAUGUCUUUCCAGUGGCCAAACACAAAGGCUCCUUCUGCUGCAAGGAGAAAGAAAGUCAGCUUCUAAGAAUAUAAUGGUGUUUAAAUGAGAUAACUGAGGCUAUUAAUGUAGGUUUGUCUCUCCCCCCUGCUGUAUGGAGGCAUUGGUUCUUUAUUGCAUUCAAAUCAUGAGUAUUAACAUAGCUUCGUGAUGUGACUUUCUUCCGCACCUGACCCCCCUCAACUUUAUUAAAUGACCAGACUAGCUGUGAAGGAUUGAAUCGUUAACAUGUUAAUAUUUAACUAGUUACCACUUCACUUCCUAACUGCACGUUAAAUCACAUCACUCUAGGGUAGCAGUAAGUCACUUUAAGAGCAUUAUAUACAGUAUUCAACAUGUUAAUGUAAAUUACCAUGAAAGCUGGUCUUCUCUUUCAAAAACAGUUUGGUUAUGUAAUACUAAUCCCUUUGCUCCCUACUUUUUACUUUCAGCUAUUUUGCAACAGUGAAAUGCCCAUAAAAAUGUCUUGCACUUUUUGUGUGGAGUACAUUCUUUCUGUUCCCAAGACUGCUGCUUCAUCUAUAUCAAACUCAAAAGCAGAACUUAUUUUUUACAGCAACACUCUAUGCAACUUUGUACAUUGCGUAGCAAAAAAAAAUAAAAUUACCUGAUACACUGGUGCUAUUAAUUAUUUCAAAUGUUAUAUUUUUGUGUGAAUGUUUUUUAUCAUAUAAUAGUAUGAGGAAAUGUUGCGUCUGUCUUUGUGUAAAUAUACUCUAUAUAAUUGUUUCAGGAUUGGCUCUGUGAGUUACCUCCCCAUCCUCAAGUUUCUGCCAUCAACAGUAGCUGUUGUUAGACAUCCUUCUGAUUGCCUUAGUAAUUCUGUGGUAUUUUGCUUGCUUGUAUACACAGCUUAGAUUUUAUUUUCUAUUUAGGGCUGCCAGUCUAUAACUUUAUUUGGAGAAAAAUUACCAGAAGGUUAUUACUAAUAUGUAAAUACCCUCCAAGUAUCCAAUAUUCAAAAAGUGGUUAUUUUACAUACUUUCCACCUUACCAUCUUCCUGCAAUUUCCCAUCCCCCAAAUGCCAUCCUUGGAAACAGUCCCCUGCCCAUACAUGUUAAAAAUGUACUUCAUUUUAUACUAUGCUUUCAAAGUAGGGGGAGUUUCCUAUUUUUGGCCCAGAUGGAAAUACAUAAAAUAAGUCUGUUAUACAGAAUGAAGAGAACAAAACUUUGGCAAUCUGUGACUUUUCCAGCAUGUGCCUUGUGGAGGGGAGAUAGGCUGUGUGCCCUUUGCCCUUUAUCCUGACAGUGCAAUGCCAGCCAGACUGAAUUGCCUCUGCAAACUGAUGUAAAAUUUAAUCAGUGUUUGGCUUUUUUCAAUUCUGUUUGUAAUCAGUUUUAAGCCAACUCAUUGCGUGUAAUUACUAUCACUGAUGAACGUUCUUGUUGAUAACUGCUUGAUCAUCCAUAAUUGCACAUUUGGUUCCUGCCUGAAACUAUCACUGCAGUGAUUUUACUAUAAGAGGGAUGCAGGCUUUAUCUUACUAGCACUGAGCAGGUUUAAAGGGUUGCACGCUCUUUCCCAAAUAUUGUGCCUAAAGCAAAAAGAUAAGUCUCUGUUUUGAAGUUUUACUAUAACAGCCUCUCCUGACACUGUACUUAGACAAUACAGCAGUUUUUUUUGUACCUUUUACAGCAGUAAUACUGUUUAUUUAUCAUGUAAGGAAGUCAAUUAAUCAAAAGUAUGAGGUUAACGUCCUACCUGUAGAAAAAAACAUGUACAGAAUGAUUGACAUAGUAUGGAAAAGGUGCAACAAACUCAGCACAUUCUGUGGUGAGAAAUAGAUCCAUACUGUCUUGUCCUAUACCAUUUGUUGUAAGCCUUCUGCCUUAAAGUGCCAUCAUACUGUUAGGAAAGACGUGCAACACUUAUACAAAUUUAUGUAUAAAACAGUAUUUCUUAUUUAUAAGACACAAUAUUUGUAAUCUUUAUCCAGGUCUCCUUGUGUGUUGCACAUUCUUCUUGUAAUGAUGUGACUUGAGAACACUGCUUUUUUCCUUAACACCUCUUUCGAUCCAAUUGCAGUGGCCAAAUGCCUGGCAGAUUAUUGUUUAAUACCAUUUUUGUCUGUAAAUCAAAUUGUACCAUUUAAAUAAAUAAAUAUGGUAUUACAUCAA